AUGGGGCCUUCUCAGCUUGUCCGUGCCCCUCGGCCCCGGGGCUUAAUUUCCCCUUACCGCCGGCCAGGCAUGGGUUGGCCUCGGCCCCGCUUUCCCACGAUGUUCAAGUGUAGCCACAGAAGGUACCGGCAGAAACGGCAAGGCCCAGCUGGCACCAAUGUAACCACCAAUCUUGCCAGUGUGGCCACGGAUAUCAACAAUACCCAAACUGCCACCACCAGGGUGUUGAUCCUUGCACUGCAAGUUCUCAGACACCUCUGUCAACCUGGCAGCUUUCUGAUCCUCUGAAACAUCCAGAAACUAGUCCAGAAGCUUGGCUGGCUCCGGACCUUCAUCUCCUCAGGGCCACGAGUGGUGAAUAGCAGACAAAUACAGUCCUUUCUGCUCCAA